UUCAUUUCUCUCUCACUCACGGACACACGAUACUCACACAAACCAACAAACAAACCCAUAACAGAAACAGAACCAAACUAUAACAAUGAGAACCCAACACCUUCGCCUUCACCAUCUCCUCCUCAGUCUCUUCCUCUUCGCAGCCACAUUCUCUCCGGCGCCCGCCGCCGCAGACGACGUUUCGGCCCCUGCGCCUGACGACGGCGACACCGAGUUCAUCCGCUCAAGCUGCAACUCCACUCUAUACCCCGACGUGUGCUUCACCUCCCUCUCCCGCUACGCCAAUGCGGUGCAGCAGAACCCCGGCCAGUUGGCGCGCGUGGCCAUCGGCGUCAGUCUCUCCAAGGCCCACCGCGUCGCGUCCUACAUCUCCAACCUAACGCACGAAGCCGACUAUGGCACGAGUGGCACGCGCGCGGCGAUGGCGCUGCACGACUGCUUCUCGAACCUUGGCGACGCCGUGGACGAAAUCCGCGGGUCUCUGAAGCAGAUGCGGCAGAUUGGCGCAGCCGGCGAGGGCUCCGAAUCCUUCCUCUUCCAGAUGAGCAACGUGCAAACGUGGAUGAGCGCCGCACUCACCGACGAGGAGACCUGUACGGACGGAUUCCAGGACGUACCGGAAUGUCCCGUGAAAGCGGAUGUAUGCAAUCGCGUCACCAACGUUAAGAAGUUCACCAGCAACGCUUUGGCCCUCGUGAACUCCUACGCCAGCAAGGGUUCGCCCUGAACUCUUCCUACGUGUCACAUCACUCACCGUCUGAUUUUAAUCCUUUCCAAAUUCCAAAAAAAAAAAGUUAAUCAAAACCAUAGGUUGUGUUAAUUAAUUUUAAGUUAAAUUUUACGUUACAAAAAAAAAAGAAAAAGAUAAAAGUGUAGUGUGCGUGGGACGCGUGAGUCCUCCUUGUAUGUAAAUUUUGGUAUUCUUGUAGUAUCUGCUGUCACGCAAGAAAGUGGAGAAACGCAUCACUUCACGUGAUAGAAUGGAGAGUGUAGAUAUAUAUUUUAAAAAAAAUAUAUAUGAAGUAAAUGUAGUGUGUGGAACUGUGAGUUAUGACACUUUAGUUUGUCGUGGUUAUGGGUUGAUGCUUUAAGGAAGUAUAAUUUUGUAGCUUUGUGCUGUGUGCUGUGUGGAUUAUUUGUGUUUUUUGUUCUAGUUAAAAGAACAGUUGUAAAUUUCAGGAUUAGUGAUUAAAUUCCCUCUACUUUCUCCCUUUUGGAAAGUAAAAUAAAACAGUGGUCAUUUAGAUUC